AUGGAAUCUGGCCUUCUAGCCCCUGAAAUUGCCCUUGUAGCAAGAAGUAAAGCACUAGAAGCCAGGAUCCGGCGGCUAGACCCUGCCCACCCGCUUAAUCGAUGUGUGAAUAGCCCUAGCCCUAAGGCUAGGCUUAUCUAUCGCUCUUAUAGAGCCCUCUCUCCCUCUGAAGAGAUUGACCCAAUACAAGACGCUCCGUGGGACAGGGGGUUCAACCGACAGGCCCGCCUUAUUGAAGUAGCAGGACCUGACCCUGGUGGAGACAAGAGCUCUUUUAAGGCCAAAUUCCUUGAAUUCCUAGCUGUGGUUCCUUCUACUGAUCUAGUAGUAUUCACUGACGGCUCUCGCUUAGACGACAAGAGCACUGGCGGGGGUGUCUGUCUAACAAGAGGAGGGGCUAUUCUCAACACUAAGAUCUUCUCCUUUGGCAGGGUGCUAGAGAUAUAUGAUGCAGAGGCUAGAGCUGCUCUACAUGGCCUAGAACUAGCCCUGGACUCCCCUUUCUGGUCGUCGGCCAGAAAGUGCUGGAUUUGCCUCGACAACCUCGAAGCUACCCUACAGCUGACCUACCGAUCCUGCGGCACCUCGCAAGAAACCUUCAACAAGGUCAACGAAUUAGCUCAAUUGUACCCUGGGAAAAUACAGACAAGGUGGUGCCCUAGCCACAUAGGGAUCCUUGGCAAUGAGAUUGCAGAUAAAGUUGUAGGGAGAGUAGUACGGUUACCCUCUCCUGAACCCUCCCCUUUACUCUGUACAGCCACGCUUAAGAGAGAGGUAAAGGAGACAGGGAUUGCGCUUGCGAAGAAGCUCUGGGGCACGACACUUCCAGCUCUCUAUAAGGACCUAGGGCUCUACACCUGGUCCUCAAAGCCUAAAUCUCUCCAGUUACCUAGAGAGGUCCUCGAUCGCUUAAUUGCUGCUCGUUCUGGACAUGGAGACUUUACGGCUUACCAUCUUCGCUACUUUCACUUCGACUCGCUACUUGAGUUAGGGAAUUGUAAGUGUAAGAAGGCUAAGACCCAGUUCCACCUACUCUUCUGCAAGCUAGCAAACAACAAAGACCCUAAGCUUUUAGCUAAGGCCAAGAAGAACCCCCAGCUGCUCUUUGGACAUCACUGCGAGAAGCUUUUUAGCCUGGUCUACUUUAAGACCGAAUUCUACACCAAAAUCUGUCUCUAG